AGAAUUGCCAGAGCCCCACGUUAGCUGAAUGAUCCGUAAUCAAAAUUUAAAAGGCUAAGGUAUUAAAAUUGGGUGCCUUAGAAUUGUUGUGUGGGGAAAAUGGGAAGGGCGUUUGUGUAUGUAAUAUUGGGAGGAGGAGUUGCUGCUGGUUAUGCAGCUCAUGAAUUUGUUAAACGAGGUGUCUCUCAUGGUGAACUUUGUAUCAUCUCUGAAGAACCUGUUGCUCCUUAUGAACGACCUGCAUUAAGCAAGGGUUAUUUAUUACCAGAAGAUCCUGCACGUCUGCCUGCCUUUCAUUGUUGUGUUGGUACUAAUGAGGAAAGGUUGACCCCAAAGUGGUACAAGGAACAUGGCAUUGAAUUGGUACUUGGAACUCGCGUAAAAUCGGCUGAUGUGAGACGCAAGACACUGUUGACUGCAACUGGUGAAACCAUAACCUACAAGAUUCUCAUAGUGGCAACUGGUGCUCGGGCUUUGAAGCUUGAAGAGUUUGGAGUGAAAGGAUCAGAUGCUGACAGUGUAUGUUAUUUACGAGAUUUGGCUGAUGCCAACAGGCUGGUUAAUGUGAUGCAAUCCAGCAGUGGUGGAAAUGCUGUUGUGAUUGGUGGUGGCUACAUAGGAAUGGAAUGUGCUGCUUCUUUGGUGAUCAACAAAAUAAAUGUCACCAUGGUCUUUCCAGAAGCACACUGUAUGGCCCGCCUAUUUACUCCUAAAAUUGCAAGUUUCUAUGAAGAAUUUUACCAGUCAAAAGGAGUUAAGUUUGUCAAAGGAACGGUCUUGACAUCAUUUGAUUUUGACUCCAAUCAGAAGGUCACUGCUGUGAAUCUGAGAAAUGGAACCAAGCUACCUGCUGACAUGGUCAUAGUAGGGAUUGGAAUUCGACCAAAUACCAGCCUCUUUGAAGGGCAACUUACUCUUGAGAAAGGAGGAAUUAAAGUCAACGGCCAAAUGCAAUCAAGCAACAGCUCAGUCUAUGCUGUUGGUGAUGUUGCAACUUUUCCUGUCAAAAUUUUCGGUGAAACACGGAGACUUGAGCAUGUUGAUUCUGCAAGGAAAUCAGCAAGGCAUGCAGUAGCAUCGAUCAUGGAACCAGAAAAAACAACUGAGUUUGAUUAUGUGCCAUUCUUCUACUCCAGAGUCUUCACACUCUCCUGGCAGUUCUAUGGUGACAGUACUGGUGAUGUAGUCCAUUUCGGGGAUUUCUUAGGGAACAGGUUCGGCGCGUACUGGGUGAACAAAGGCCACUUGGUUGGGUCUUUUCUAGAAGGUGGAACCAAAGAGGAGUACCGGGCUAUUGCAAAGAUCACAAGGCUCAAGCCAGCAAUUGAAGACUUGACCGAUCUUGAAACACAGGGUUUAGAGUUUGCAUUGACAUUGAGUCGUAAACCAGAGCCAACGGAAGAGGCUGUUGUUGUGAGCAGUGGUUUGGGUCCCACUCUUGUAACGGAGAAACCUUUAUAUGCUUGGCAUGCAACAGCUGGCGUCAUAUUGGCUGCAUCAAUUGCUGCAUUUGCAUACUGGUAUGGUCGGAGGCGUAGAAGGUGGUAAAUGUCUUGUUCAUGAAGCAUUUACGCAUGGAUGAUUUUUACACGAUAAUUCCAGCUGUGUUGUAUGAUUUUAGCUUUAGAGAAUUCAAAAUACUUAAGCCUGAAAAUGGCUUCAAUACCAAUCUUACAAACAUGUAUUCUGUCUUUACAGUAUAUAUUUAUAUAUACACAUUGUGGUUAUGUUG